AUGGAAAUGCAUCAAUUUGCCGCACAUCCGGGAACAUCGCGGGAUGGGAAUCGAUAUAUACGCCAGCAGCUGUAUCAGAGCGUAUCGACACCGACCGGUGUUAUUUCCCAUUUCGUAAAUCUGCAAGUGGUGGUUCCCGAAGCGUUCAUCCUCGGUUCCGGCGAACUGCACGUGGAUAUGGGAUCAACAAUCAAUUUGGUUUGCAUAAUUGAGAAGAGUCCUCAACCGCCACAAUACGUCUACUGGCAGCGAAACGACCGGAUGAUCAACUACGACGAUUCGCGGCGGGACAUUUCGAUCGAAACGGUGCCAGGACCGCGAACGCAAAGCAGGCUUAUCAUCCGGGAACCGCAAAUCAACGAUUCUGGCAAUUACACCUGCUCGGCCAGCAAUACCGAGCCGGCGAGCAUAUACGUGUUCGUGUCGAAAGGUGACAACACAGCAGCAAUAUCACGGCGGAAAACGAGCGGCGCUAGAGCUACGGUGGCGAUAACUUCGCACUUAUCCUCGUUGCUGGUGGACUGCCUAUUCGUGGUUCCCGGUGUGAUAGCAUCCUUACUAUUGACGACCCGUUAUCAGGCUUGA